AUGUGGCCCCGUUUGGGCCGAGUUGUGUCGCUGCUGCUGCUCACCGUGACGGUAAGGCGCACCCUUGGUGACGUUCCGAUCGACGAGAACUACAACGAGAAGCUACUGACGGUGGUACCGUGCGUGAAGCGGCUCUGCGAGAAGUACUUCCGAUCGGAGCGCGCCAUGAAGGGCUCACUGGCGAUCAUCAACAUCAAACCGGACGCCUCCGCCUUCCAGCUCAAUAUCCUGCGAUCGUUCAACGAAGACCCACGCCACGAGAUGGGCGUCAUGGUGAAGGAUGCGCGCAAAAAACACUGGAACGCCUCGCACGUUACGGAGAAGGCGAAGAACUAUCUGAUGCUGAUCGGCGAUUCGUCGGAGCUGGCCGCUCCGAUCCAUCAGUUGCGUCGGCUACCGACCUGGAAUCCACUAGCCCAGGUCGUGGUGGUCUUUACGUCCGAGAUGACACCGCUCGUGUUCGAGAUCGAGGUGCGGAACGUGCUGCAGGAACUGUUCGAUAACUCGGUGCUGAACGUGAACGUCAUGGUGCAACGGUACAACACGAGCGUGCUUGAGACGUGGACCUGGUUCCCUUACGAGAGUGGCGGUUGUGCGGAUAACAUCGCCCAGGUACGGCUCGUCGAUGAGUGCGAAUACGUCGAGGAGAACGACGGUACGGUCGGGGUGCUGGAACCCGAUGUCCGCUGGCGGCCACUGUUCCGUGAGGUGCACCAUUUUUCCGACUACGGCCCAAAGAUACCGAAGUACUACAACUACUGUCCGCUCAAGAUUACGACCAGCAUCUGGGAACCGUUUGUGGUGGGCAAUGAGAGUCACAUCGAGAAGGGAUUGGAGGUGCUGAUGCUCGACACGAUAACGGCUCGGAUGCGACUGGUUCCGGUGUACGGUGUACUGGAUGCGGCCCGUGCAACGGCCCAUAUCACGGCCGAUAACCAAACUGGCCUGUACGCGGACGUUAUACAGCGCCGGACGGAUCUGAUGAUCGGUGGACUGUACGAGAAUCCCAUCAGUCGACGGUUACUCUCUGCGACGAUCCCAUACUAUCAGGAUGAUCUGACGUGGUGUGUGGCGACGGCACGGCACGCACCGAAAUGGUUGAACGUGUUCAUCAUCUUCAACAUCUGGACGUGGUUGAUUGCGAUCUUCAUUAUCUUUGCGGCGGCCGCCCUGCUGUAUCGGUUCAACUACGUCGAGCAGCUGUACCGGGUUAACUUCACCUGGAUGUUACUCCAAUCGCUCGCCUUUUCGCUCAGCGUUUACGCACACUACUGGCCGCGGCGUGUUUCGAUUCGUUUCUUCCUGAUCGGUUACAUGUUCUACGGGCUGCACUGGAAUGCGGCUUACCAUAGUUUUCUAAUCUCGGUGCUAACGCGCCCUCGGUACGAGGUACAGAUCGCUAGCGUCGAUCAGGCGAUCGGGAGUGAGUUUGGGUUUGCCGGGCCCGAGAACGCGCUGGUGCAUUUCGACAAACCGGAUGAGCGUUCGCGUCACAUCGCGGCCCACUAUCGAGUGUGCCCGGAUAUGGACGUGUGUUUGGCAAGGAUUCGGAGUGAUCGCCAGCUGGCGGUCGGCAUUUCGCGCGCUCACUCGAGUAACAGCCGUAGCAUCGGUGAGGCUGAGAUGUACUGUUUUGCGAAGACGGAAAACAUCUACACGUACUCGGUGAGCAUGCUGGCGAAGAAGGACUUUCAUCUGUUGCCGAAGAUUAACGAUCUGAUCCGGCGCAUCAGCGAGUCGGGGCUGCUGGGCAAGUGGCAGAAGGAGAGCGAAAAGAUACGGAUCGACGACGGGGACGAGUCGGACGAUCGGCAGACGAUACUGCGGUUGGAUCACAUCCAGGGAGCUUUUCUGCUUUGGACGGUCGGAUUGGGGCUUUCGUUGGUUGGUUUUGUCGCGGAACUACUGUACUACCGGGCACAGCAGCGUUAUCGCUGGGCGGCCACCAAUCCACUUGAUCGCUUCAUCUGCUAA